GUCAGGUGACUUGGGGAAGAUGGCCGCGUUGACAGCGGAGAAUUUCGCGGCGCUCCAGAGCCUGCUGAAGGCCUCCUCAAAAGAUGUUGUCAGACAGCUGUGCCAAGAGAGCUUUUCCAGUUCAGCCCUUGGCUCAAAACAACUCUUGGAUAUUACAUGUUCCAGCUUGUCUGUGACCCAGGAGGAAGCGGAGCAACUGCUCCAGGCUCUGCACCGCCUCACCAGGCUGGCGGUGUUCCGUGACCUGUCCUCUGCUGAGGCGAUCUUGGCUCUCUUUCCUGAAAAUUUCCACCAGAACCUCAAAAACCUACUGACGAAAAUCAUCCUAGAACACGUCUCUACUUGGCGAACGGAAGCCCAGGCACAUCAGAUCUCUCUGCCGCACCUGGUCGACCUGGACUGGAGAGUGGACAUCAAGACCUCCUCCGACAGCAUCAGCCGCAUGGCCGUCCCCACCUGCCUGCUGCAGAUGAAGAUCCAAGAGGAUCCUAGCCUGUGUGGAGACAAACCCUCCAUCUCAGUGGUCACUGUGGAGCUGAGUAAGGAAACUCUGGACACUAUGCUAGACGGCCUGGGCCGCAUCCGCGACCAGCUCUCCGCCGUGGCCAACAAAUGACCCCAGCCGGCUGCCGGGCCCAUGGCCGGGCCCCAGCUGCCGGCCAGCGGUGUGCGCCUCCCAGCCCCCGGGUCACCCCUGUGCAGCAGCUGCGGCCACCGGCAGGGUCGGCAGACAGGCCGGGGGGGACGGCGAGGGGGCUGCCGUCCGGAAGGCACAGCUGCACCGGGAGGAAGCGGCCCUGGCCCCGCGCUGUUCUCCUCCCUCGUCCUCUUUCGUCCUGAAGCUGGUGAGCAGAAGCCCCCAUCUCUGGAAGACGUCCUCACCACUGUGGCAGUGUGAGGGGGCGUCCGCACCGUCAGGUGCCUCUGUGUGGCUGCCUGGAAGAUUCAGGCCCACGUUGUGGAGCUCAUCUAAGAAGUUCCUUUCCAGCACUAGGUCUAAUUAGCCCGUUUCCAGCCCUGGAGCACAGGGAGGGAAUCACGGGGCUGAGGCCAGCAGUUGGCGCUUCUCUGUCACAGAAGCCGGGCAGGGCCUGUAGAGCCCUGGGGCCCCCCGCCGGCCCAAGUCCAGAGCCUUCCUGAGCCCCUCAACCGUGCGGGCCCCCUUCCAGCGUAGGGAGUCUGGAAUGGGUGAAGCCACAAGGCCCGUCCUUGAUAUAAUGCCAGGGGAAACAAGUGGGAGUGAUGGAAAUAAAUAAUCGUUCUAAAAA